CGCCUCACGCGCUCGAACUCUCCUCGUCCUCUUUCGUUUCUUCCAAGCCAUGUCUACCGCUCACAGACCAACAUGGGACCCCGCACAGGCGCGCGAUGUCAAGGGCGGCUCGCGUCAGUUCUCGGUGCGCGACAUGGCCGCACACACAAAACUCAAGUUUCGGCAGCCUGGGCAGACCUCAGUGAACGAGGUACAGAAGCGUGACUUGCGUGCGGAACUGCUGCUCGCGGAGGAGGAGGCGCAGAAUAAGAAACGGAAGGCAGAGGGCAAACCUCCAUUGGCUAUAGCUGGCGGGGAGGACGAGGAGGCAAAUAAGCGGCGGAAGCUGUUGCAGGAAACGUUAGAGAUGGACAAGGAUGAUGAAGACGAUGAAGAUGAGGAGGAGGACGGUGACGAGAAGAAAGAGAAUGGCAAGAACGAGGGCAAGAAUGACGACGACGAGAGUGGAGAGGGUUCGGACGAUGAAGACGACGAUGAGGAUGAGACUGCCGAACUCCUCCGCGAACUUGAGAAGAUCAAGCGUGAGCGUGCCGAAGAGAAGGCACGCCAGGAGCUCGAGCAGUCCACUUCACAGCAGGCUUCGCGCGAGGCCGAAAUUGCCACCGCGAACCCGCUUCUCAACCUUGCAGCAGCACUUGGCCAAGGUCCUGGCGUGGACACAACGGUGCCCGGCACAUUCUCGGUCAAGAAACGGUGGGAUGACGACUUGAUCUUCAAGAACCAGGCUAUGAGCCAGCGAGACAAGCCCCAAGGUCGAUUCGUUAAUGACCUCUUACGGACGGAGUUCCACAGAAAAUUCAUGUCUAAGUUCAUCAAGUAAUCGACGGACUCUGUUCAUAGACCAGUUGCAUACCAUACGAAAUAUAUUACGCACGCUUUCUGUACGACUCUAUCGGUACUGUAAUUUAUGCACUCGACACUGCCCC